AUGACAGACGAGAAAAAGAACCGAGUGCGUGAAAUAAUGACAACGACAAUAACGAAAUUGCUAGCUGGAGAGCUUAUCCGUGUACAAGAGUACACAGAUAUGUGUGUGAAAUCAGUCCAACAAACUGACGCUGAAGACGAUUAUCAACAAAUUGGCUAUAAUUUGGAAUACAUGGAAGAUGACCUGAUGGAGUUAUUUAAGGGGAAACAUCCCCUCGUAACUCCACUUUUUGCAGAACCCCCCCAGCCAAAUCGUAACCAUCAACAGGCAAUAGACAGAUGCUACAACUCCUUCGUGAAUGACCUUGACCUAAAGUCGACGUCUUUUCUAGACCACCUUGUUCAAGAUGAUCUUUUGUCUGUCGCCAGCGUGGAGAGCAUCCAAACACGAGCAACAACCAGGGCACGCAAUGAGGCAUUUAUGCACAUUCUCAAAACGUGCACUUCGGGGAAAAUUAAUAAUGUUAUAAUUCCAGCACUUCAAAAGACACACCUACAUCUUGCUGAGAAGUUAAAAGCUGAGAUGGCAAAGCCUUGUCAAAUUGUUCCCAGCAAAUGUCUGGCCUGCCAAAUAAGAGAGGACGUUCAGGUUAAACGUCUCGCCGACUCCCUGCAUCAACAAAAAAGUAUCCCACAUACUGACUACAAGACCUCAGCUAUGACAAACACUGACAAAUGGACUGCUCUAAUAAAAGAAGUCAAUACGGCAGAAAUUAUUAAAGCCCUUCAAAAGAAUUAUCCAGACUUACAUGCUGAGUGUCAAAUAAAAAAACUGAAAACUUUAGAGUGUACUUGUUUUAUGGAAGAUGAAGAAAACGAAAUGGAUGUGUCGAGAAUAUCGGAUUUGGAAUCAAUUAUGGACGUUGUUGAGGACUAUGCAAAACAGUUGGCCAAGCGUGAGAGUGAACUGUUAAAUGCCUUCUGGAAAGGAAAAACUUACGGGAAAAAAUUCAAUUUAUCAUCUGAAUAUGACGACAGCAUUGGACAUGAUAGUGAUUUAACAGACAUGUGUUCACCAAAAG